AGAUUGUGAAGUGAUCAUCUAGAAAUCAAAAGAAUGACCUCUGGACCAGACCCUGGCGGCCGUUCUAGGUUUGCUAAACUCGGAAUGGUAAUAAACGAAGAACUGACCCAGGCCUGUAGAGAUGUCUUAGAAAUGGAGGUACCUCCUGGUCUUGUCCAGAACAAAGUGAAAGCAUCAUCAAUUUAUACGAAAAUACGCCCUGAACAAGAACUUUGUCUUAUAGGCGCCAAAACAAAUGGUUAUAAAGAAUUUGAUAUUACAUUGUUAUAUACAGUGAUAAGAAAUAUAUGUACAAAGAUUCCACGUCCAACAAAAGGUUGGGGUGGGAACACAAUGCCGUCAGUAGGAGAAACAACGAUAGGUGAUGAUAUUGAGAGGAUUAGGAUGAUAAGAAACUCUAUGUUUGGACACAUAAGCUCGGCGUCCACCUCACAGACAGAGUUUGAUGACACGUGGUCAGUCAUAACUGAUAUCUGCCAAAGACUGCAAACGUACACAAAGAAAGACUACGUGGCUGGACUGAAUAAUAUUCAAAGUCAGGCCCUAGAAGAGGAGUACGAAACAACAGUCAUAGAAAAACUCAGGGAAUAUUAUAAGAAUAACCAGUCUUUAAUGGUGAAGCUAUCUUCUGUGGAACAGGGUUUGCAAGAAUUGAAAAGAAAAUCCGAAGACAAAGAAAACACACUGGUAAAAGAAAUUCUCAACAACUGGCAAGAAGACGAUAUUGCCUUUAUUCCUACAAGAGCAUGUGAAGCGGUUCAAGAAAAGCUUAAAAGUCUUAACCUUAUCACAGUGGUUGGAAAUUCUGGUUCUGGAAAAUCUGCAAUAAUUCAACAUAUCGCACUCAAGUAUAAAGAGCAGGGAUGGAAUGUCAUACCGGUGGAAAAGGUGAAAGAAAUUAAAAAGAACUGUUCAACCAGAGUCUCAGAAAAUCGGAUUUUAUUUGUAUUUAAUGAUCCUUUAGGUAAGGAAUCGUUAGAUGAGAUUUUAUAUCAUUCAUGGAGGAGUUUAGAGAAAACACUGGAAAUUUGCUUGAAGAAAAAGAAAUUAUUGAUAUCAUGUAGAAGAUGCGUCUUUUAUGACAAGAGAGUCAAAGGUAAUUUAUUGGAUGAAUCCACUGCAGUAGAAAUUGACAGCGAAGAAAAUGGACUGACUGUUAAAGAGAAAAAAGCGAUUUUAAAUCAGUAUGCACAGAAUCUGAAAUUAUCCGAGGAGGUUGUUACUGAAAUAGUUAAAACAGAAGCUUACUUUCCAUUGCUUUGUAAGCUUUUUUCGAGGGAGGCAAAGUACAAAGAAAAGGGGGUUGAUUUCUUUAAAAAUCCGUACAGAUUUAUUAAAAAGGAAUUAGAAAUUUGGAAGAAAACAGACAAGAAAAGAUUUUGCUCACUUAUCUUGAUAGUAGCGUUCAAAAACAAUUUGAAAAUCGAUACUAUUGUAAAAAGUGAUAUUUCUUUAAUGAAAUUUAAGGACAUUUUAGGAAUGUGUGAGAUACAAGAAAAUACACAUAUUUCAGUCAUUCGUAGUACUCUCCAUGAACUGAAAGGAUCUUACGUCAAAUGUGUCGGACAUGUUUUCCAAUUCCUUCACGACUUUAUUAUGGAGAUAACAACUCUGGUGUUUGGUGUUGAUUGUCCACAGGAGACAAUACAGUACGCGGACAGUAGCUUUCUGAGACGUCGAGUGAAGAUAGAAGACGAUACAGAAGAGGAAGAUCGCGAUCCCUUCACUGUUUACCUUCCUGUAGAGUACAUUGAUGAUCUUGUCGACAGGUUUAUUACUGACAUACAAACAAAGCAUAUUAUAGAUGUUCUACUCAAUCCGUGUUUAAGGAAAGAGAGUUUGAUUAAUUCUUUUAAGGAAAAAUUGAAUUCGCUCGAAAAACUUCUUGUGAAAAUUAAAUGUGAAAAAGACAGAUCGAAAUUUCAAACAUUAUUUGAAAGAUCGUUUUUCACACGACUUGAUUUCCUUUAUUCAUUUGAAAGUGAAAUAUGUCCUUUAGUCGGACUUAUUGUAUUCUGUCAUUCUGACAUUUCUUCAUUUUACAUAAAAAGUAUCCCUGAAACAAAGUUGAAAGAACAUCACAUUUUCUCUGCUAAAUGUGCUAAUGGCGAUUUAAACCUACUAAAUUCUCUCAGCGAAGAAUAUAAAAAAGCAGCAAUGAUGGAAAGAUGGGAUGACUUGUUUCCAAUUCAUAUAGCUUCGGUUUUUCAUAAUUUUUCAAUAAUAGAGGAAUUAAUAAGACUUGGUGCUGACGUGAACAAGUUUACAACUAGUGACAUAUGUACUCCGUUAUUCCUUGCUGCUGCAAAUGACGAAGAUCAUAUUAAAGAGGCCGGAAUCGAUAUACAAACUGGAGAAAGACGUAAUAAUAGAAUUAUUUGCUUAUUGAACAACGGCGAUAAAGCCUAUUUAUGUGAUAAUGAGAAUGGAGACAGAACUCUUUGCAUGGCUUGUUAUAGAGGACGUAAUACCACGGUACAACUGCUACUGGACAACGGCGCCGACAUCAAGUUAUGUGAUAAUGAUGGAUGCAGUCCUCUUUGUAUAGCUUGUCUCAAAGGACAUGAUAGUACGGUUCAAUUGUUACUGGACAACAGUGCCGAUAUCAACUUAUGUGAUGAUGAUGGAAUCAGUCCUCUUUAUAUAGCUUGUCUCAAUGGACAUGAUAGCACGGUACAGCUGUUACUGAACAACGGUGCCGAUAUCAAUUUAUGCAAAAAGAAUGGGACCAGUCCUCUUAUAAGAGCUUGUCAAAAUGGACAUGAUAGCACGGUACAACUGUUACUGAACAAUGGUGCCGACAUCAAUAUAUGUAUAAAUGAUGGAGACAGUCCUCUUUAUAUAGCUUGUUAUGAUGGACAUGAUAGCACGGUACAACUGUUACUGAACAACGGUGCAGACAUCAAUUUAUGUGAUAAUCAUGGAGUCAGUCCUCUUUAUAUAGCUUGUGAAAAUGGACAUGAUAGCACGGUACAAUUGUUACUGAACAACGGUACCGACAUCAAUUUAUGUCAGAAAAAUGGAGCCAGUCCUCUUCAUGUAGCUUGUGAAAAUGGACAUGAUAGCACGGUACAACUGUUAGUGAACAACGGUGCCGACAUCAAUUUAGGUAAGAGUGAUGGAGCCAGUCCUCUUUAUAUAGCCUGUCAAAAUGGACAUGAUAGCACGUUACAACUGUUACUGAACAACGGUGCCGACAUCAAUUUAUGUAACAAGAAUGGAUUCAGUCCUCUACAUAGAGCUUGUCUCAAAGGACAUGAUAGCACGGUACAACUGUUACUGAACAACGGUGCCGACAUCAAUUUAGGUGAGAGUGAUGGAGCCAGUCCUCUUCAUAUAGCUUGUUAUGAUGGACAUGAUAGCACGGUACAACUGUUACUGAACAACGGUGCAAACAUCAAUUUAUGUAACAAGAAUGGAUUCAGUCCUCUACAUAGAGCUUGUCUCAAAGGACAUGAUAGCACGGUACAACUGUUACUGAACAACGGUACCGACAUCAAUUUAUGUAACAAGAAUGGAGUCAGUCCUCUUUAUAUAGCUUGUCUCAAAGGACAUGAUAGCACGGUACAACUGUUACUGAACAACGGUGCCGACAUCAAUUUAUGUGAUAGUGAUGGAGACAGUCCUCUUUAUAUAGCUUGUCAUCAAGGACAUGAUAACACGGUACAACUGUUACUGAACAACGGUGCCGAUAUCAAUUUAUGCAAAAAGAACGGGACCAGUCCUCUUUAUAUAGCUUGUCAAAAUGGACAUGAUAGCAUGGUACAACUGUUACUGAACAACGGUGCCGACAUUAAUUUAUGUGAUGGUGAUGGAGCCAGUCCUCUUUAUAUAGCUUGUUAUGAUGGACAUCAUAGCACGGUACAAUUUUUACUGAACAACAAUGCCGACAUCAAUUUAUGUGAGAAGAAUGGAGCCAGUCCUCUUUAUAUAGCCUGUCAAAAUGGACAUAAUAGCACGAUACAAAUGUUACUGAACAACGGUGCCGACAUCAAUUUAUUUAAGAGUGAUGGAGCCAGUCCUCUUUAUAUAGCCUGUCAAAAUGGACAUAAUAGCACGAUACAACUGUUACUGAACAACGGUGCCGACAUCAAUUUAUGUGAGAAGAAUGGAGCAUGUCCUGUUUAUAUAGCUUGUUUUGAUGGACAUGAUAACACGGUACAAGUUUUACUGAACAAUGGUGCCAACAUCAAUUUAUGUAAAAAGAAUGGAGCCAUUCCUCUUUAUAUAGCUUGUCAAAAUGGACAUGAUAGCACAGUACAACUGUUACUGAACAACGGUGCUGACAUCAAUUUAUGUCACAAGAAUGGAGUCAGCCCUCUUUAUAUAGCUUGUCAAAAUGGACAUGAUAACACUGUACAACUGUUACUGAACAAAGGUGCAGACAUCAAUUUAUGUGAUAAUGAUGGAUUCAGUCCUCUUUAUAUAACAUGUGAAAAUGGACAUGAUAGCAUUGUACAACUGUUACUGAACAAUGGUGCCAACAUCAAUUCAUGUGAUGAAGAUGAAUUUAGUCCUCUUUAUAUCGCUUGUCAAAAUAAACAUGAUAGAACGGUACAACUGUUGCUGAACAACGGUGCCGACAUCAACUUAUAUUCCAAAUCGGAUCUUGAUCUCUCUUGAUAGCUUACAUGCUGACAUUUAUUUAUGUGAUAAAGGUCGAAGCAGUAGUCUUUGGAGAGCUUUUAAAAACUCACAUUGCUGAACCAUCGAACUUCUUUUAAAUUCAGGUUCUGUUGUAAAUUUUUGCAAUAAAAGAAACUGCAGUCUACUGUACAUAGCAUGUUCCAAUGGUCAGCAUGGUUAAACUUUUUAACGAAGGAACUAGUCCACUCUACAUAGCCUGUGAAAAUGGAUAUUACAGCACGGUCCAAUUAUUAUUGAUAAAUUAUACUUGCUUUAAUUUAUGCAAUAAAGACAAUAAGAGUCCAUUGUACAUAUCAUACUUAUAUGGUCAUGACAGUAUCACUGAACUUUCACUACAGUAUGGUGCUCAGUUUUUAUUCUGACGAUGGAUGCAGUGGUUUUUCAAUACCAAGUGCGUUCACAUUAGUUCUGAGAUAUGGAGCAAACGUUGAUUUGGACUUUUAUUAUAGCUUGCAAAAGAAAUUAAGCGUGAUGCUUUCACAAGGAAUUUACCGCAUUUAUUCAAAUAAUUUCACGUGGGAAGAAGAAAACACUUGCAGUGGCCUUCAGUUCGGUAUUCCAUUGUAUCAAAGACGUAUUAUCAACUACCAAUAGAUACUUUUAUUCACACAUUUUCUGUAUGUCGUCUCGCCAUAUCCUAGUGAACUUAAGAUAGAAGCCCCCAAAGAAUCUUCCAAUUCUCUUCAUAUCGGGAUUAAUCCUAAAACUCUGUUUUUGGCAUUUUUAGCAAAUAUAAAAUUUCAUUAGAGCUAAUUUUGCCAGACAUGUUUUGUACCAAGUGUUUUUGUACUUAAUUUGACAAAAGAACGUUCCCUUUGUAUACCGGAUCACUACAUAGUUUUCAGGUCAAGUGUGGCGGAUCAAAAGGGGAUCUUUACUUCUCUGUGGUAUCUGAUUCUAUCCCUGGAGUUCCUGGUGGUCAGUGUUUUAUAUUCUGUUCACAGAUUAAUAGCGUUUUUAAAACAUUGUGAACAUUGAACUUUUUAAAAUUAUUGUUAAAUUUAAGUGAUUACCGUAAAUCGACAUUUUGUCUGUGACAAUGUAUUUAUUACGA